AUGUAUGUGGCUCCGCCACUGCACCCGGCCAUCGCGACUCCGCUAUUUAAGACCACUGGCACCGCCCUGCUUCAUCAGUCUUCGUCUUUUUCAUACCCUUGAUUGCUCACCUUGUUCGUAUUCUCAGAUAUACAUGGCGAGGUCUGGGCGUCUGGUUUCCACCAUUUUCGUCCUCCUUCUCCUUCUCGUGGCCACUGAGAUGGGGCCGACAAUGGUGGCAGAAGCAAGGACUUGCGAGUCCCAGAGCCACCGCUUCCAGGGGACGUGUGUGAGCAAAUCUAACUGCGCCAACGUUUGCCGGACCGAGGGAUUCCCCGGAUGGCACUGCCGUGGCUUCCGUCGCCGCUGCUUCUGCAUCAAGCCCUGUUAAAGACUACAGGCCCUCUAUGGAGGUUGAGGAGGGAGUGAUAGAUCCAUCACUUUUUAUCCUCUCAAGUUGUGCCGUGUUCGAGAAGUAAUGUUACGUUGCGAGUGUUUCUGUAAUGCUUUAUUAAUUCCUUUGUCUUCUCCUUAAUUUCUCAGUGUUGGAGGAUAUGAUCUUCUGGGGUUAAGUGAAGAAUGGCUUGUGUUGUGAAAGUGAUAACGAUCAAUAAACAGACUCUUUUUUUAAUA